GGUAUUCAUUUUUAUUUACAAAGAUGCGCGACGAAAUUUUGGAUCCACAUAAUUUGGUUAAAAACCGGGAAAUACUAUACCGGUUAAUGAUAAGCCAGUUGAUGUACGAUGGCUUGGAAAAGUUUGCAAUGGAACUCUCGAUGCUGGUUAAAGCGGAUCAGUGUGCGCCGAGUGAGCGGCUGCUGCAUGUGAUGAUAUCGGGCAUGCAAACAAUGGCCGAGAAGGAUAAGACCAAUACGGAUGAUGUGCUGCCCGGCAUUGAUCUGGAAUUUGAGCCGGAGGCAUCCGCUCUCGCCCCGGAGCCGCAUUCCUAUGAAACGGCCUAUGUGACCUCCCACAAGCAGGCAUGCCGUGCGGGUGCAUUCAGUUUCGACGGCUCACUGGUGGCGACGGGAAGCGUCGAUGCAAGUAUCAAGAUUCUGGACGUCGAACGCAUGUUGGCCAAAUCGGCACCCGAGGAUAUUGAGCCGGGUCGCGAACAGCAGGGCCAUCCUGUCAUACGCACGUUGUAUGAUCACACAGAUGAGGUGUCCUACUUGGAGUUUCAUCCCAAGGAGCACAUUUUAGCGUCGGCCUCGCGUGACGGCACCGUGAAACUCUUCGACAUUGCCAAGCCAUCCGUGAAGAAGGCGCACAAGGUGCUCACCGACUGCGAGCCAGUGCUGUGCGUGUCCUUUCAUCCAACAGGCGAUUACAUUGCUAUUGGCACGGAGCACAAUGUGCUGCGCAUCUACGAUGUCCACACCACACAAUGCUUCGUCAGCGCCAUUCCAUCGCAGCAGCACAAGUCGGGCGUCACAUGCGUAAAGUAUUCGCCCACCGGUAAGCUCUAUGCAACCGGCAGCUUUGAUGGCGAUAUCAAGAUAUGGGACGGCAUCAGCGGUCGUUGCAUCAACACAAUUGCUGAAGCCCACAGUGGAGCGGCCAUUUGCUCCCUGCAAUUCACACGCAACGGAAAGUACUUGCUCUCAUCGGGCAUGGACUCAAUUGUUUAUCUGUGGGAGCUGUGCACCAGUCGCCCCAUACAAACAUAUACGGGCGCUGGGACAACGGGCAAACAGGAGCAUCAAGCGGAAGCUGUUUUCAACCACACCGAAGACUACGUCCUGUUCCCGGAUGAGGCGACCACAUCGUUGUGCUCUUGGAACUCUCGCAAUGGCUGCCGCCUCACGCUCAACUCACUGGGGCACAAUGGACCCGUUCGAUACAUAACCCAUUCGCCAAAUGCGCCCGCUUUUCUCACCUGCUCCGAUGAUUUUCGGGCACGGUUUUGGUAUCGUCGUGCCAAUAAUCAAUAAGUUUAAGAAAUAAAUAAAAUACAAAUUUAAAACC